ACGCAAACAUUCAAUUUGGCUUGGCGUUCAAAAGUCAUCGUUAUGGUUCGUUUCUCCUCUUCUUAUGUUCCCAUACUAUUAUUAGCGUCGUAUAUAAUCGGCGGCGCCGCCGCAUGCUACACGGCCAUCUUUGGCUUCGGCGACUCCCUCACCGACGCCGGACACCUAAUCCACCUCCAGACCGGCGGCAAGGUCCCCCACAUGUACUUUUCUCCGUACGGAGAAACCUUCUUUGGCCAUCCCACUGGCCGCUGCUCCGACGGCCGACUCAUCCUCGAUUUCAUAGCAUUAUGGGUUGGACAUACCGCCACCUUCCCUGCAGAAGUUGAAGGAUAUUAAAACAAGCGAUCCAAAUAAUAAUAAUAACAACAACAACAACAACAAUGGUAUGAACUUCGCGGUGGUGGGAUCACGUGCGGUUGAUGCCCAGUUUUACGAACGAAGAGGAAUUUACGAUACGGUCACAAACGUGUCCAUGACGGACCAAUUGGACUGGUUCCUACUAAAUGCGCUUCCAUCUCUCUGCAACUCUCCUUCUUCCGAUUGCAAGCGUGUGAUGGAAGAGUCUUUGUUUGUAUUGGGAGAGUUCGGUGGCAAUGACUAUACCCACGCGCUUCUUUCGGGAAAGAAUGUGAAUGACAUCACGCCCUUUAUCCCAAUCGUCGCUCAAACCAUUGCCAAUGGUGUCAAUAGAUUGGUGGAGGCAGGAGCAAGGACGGUGAUGGUACCAAGCGUGCUGCCACUGGGUUGCGCAGCUUCGUACUUGACAUAUUACCCAAGUCCCAAGGAAGAAGACUACGAUGAAAAUGGCUGUCUCAUUUGGGUGAACCAAAUGGCGUCUUACCACAACCAUCUCCUCCAAGAACAACUCAAUCGCCUUCGAGAUCGCCAUCCCAACGCCCAUAUUGUUUACGCCGAUCUCUUCCACGCUGCCAUCCAAAUUUACGCCGACCCCGCAACAUCCGGAUUUUCAGAGGGGGCGUUGACGGCGUGCUGCGGCGGAGGAGGUCCAUACAACUUCAACCCCGGCGUUCAAUGCGGAGACGAGGGAGCCACCUUCUGUGAGAAUCCGUCCAUGCAUACUUCAAUCAAUAGUUGUGAGGUUAUCCUAUUUCACCCAACAAAUGCCAUAAACAAGCCUGGAUAUAUCAAAGCUCGAAGAUUGUUAGCACCUCUUGCAGUGCCUAUUUGAUGGGUUCAAGAGCAUUAUGGCCCUGCCUACGAUAUCAAAUUUUACAGCAACAAUGGAGGGGUAGAAUCUAGAGAAGAUUUGCCAAAUUUGGAGAAGAUUCAUUUGAAAUUGAUAGGAAAAGGUGGCAAGGUUGGAGUCGAAAUCGCUUGAAAUUUCCACAACUAUAUAUAUAAAACGAUGCGGCGGAAGGAAAGACCACAUAUUGAAAGCUACGAAGUAGCAGAAUUUGCAAAAUGUCAACGGGUAUUGAUUUGAAACUUCUUUUUGAUUCAUUUUUCUUUUCUUAGAUCUUUACAUACCCCCUUGCUGUUAACUAAUUAAAGACAACCUUGAAAU